AUAAGGAGUACGCUGCAUGGUGUUUUGGAAAACGCGUGACAUCUUUUGGCUGUUAUUUUUACGGUGCAUUGUUAAAACGUAUCAUUAAAAAACUGUUACUAUUACUAUUUCGUAAAAAUUCAUUACAAUGUAAGGUUAGAUGGGCUAGGUUUAUGACUUUGUGAUUGUGGUAACAAGUGACGAACCUUAGGGGGUGGAGACCUACACCGGAUAACUACGGCUCCGGUGCGGGACAGCGUCACUUGUCUACCCACCUUCACAACGGGAAAAUGUUGAACUUUACACGGCUGAUUCUCGCCCUUGUCUGUGUUGCCGUUUUGGCACGAGGAGCGAGUCUCCCUGACGGCACCACCGAGGCUGACUGUUCCCAGUACAACUUGCCCAUGUGCCCCCGCAACUACAAGCCAGUGUGUGGAAGCGACGGCACCAACUACGCUAAUGAAUGCAUGCUGUGCUUUGAAAACAUGGAGCAGAAGAGUAACAUUCACAUCAGGAGUAAAGGAGAGUGCUGAACCAAACAUGAACGUCUCAGUGACACACCAGGCCUUCAACAUUACUUUGAACCAUUUCCUGUUGCCUUGUCAAAAACAAUGACAUUUUUUAUUUUUGCAUUCUAAAUGCUAAGGGGUCAGUAAACAACCUGUCAAGUGCCUCAAUAUCGUUUGAACCAGUUCCUCACCACCUGCUUCCUUUUCCAAACCGUAUGGGCUUCCUGUCUGUCGUAGAGGACUUAACCCUUCACUACCUAGUCUUUUAAGACUUGUGUAGUGUACUUGUUGGUAAAAUGGUAUUUUAAAUGGUAUGUUACUUGCCUACCUUUUUUAAUCUGUAAUUAAAACUAUUUUAGCCAAGUA